GAUAAUAUAGGGAAACAGUGCAGUAUGAUAACCUUUCCCACCUCCACCACCACCACCAUCACCACCACCACCAGCAGCUAUAAGAGGGCCUGGCAAUGGUGUAGGUUGCAGUACCACGUGUGUGUUCAAAGUGGAAGGGUGCCGCCGCCCAGAGCCCCAAGCCACCUCUCACCCACUUCUAAGCCACUUCCCGCAUCCGUAUCGGAACUGACUUGCCUUUCCGAGCGUUGGAAGACACGGAAAGCUGAGAGAACUUCGAUUUCCUGCACGUGAAGAUGUUAGAGCUGUUCGAGUUAAUGAAAUGUGGGACGUAAGCACCGUAGACUUUCUGAGAUUUUGUUUGUAAUAUUUCCCUUCUAAUCGGUUACUCGCUGUUGACUUUUAGCGUCUGAAGUCACGGAAGGGAGUUUGUUUCGAUUUCCUGCUUGAAUUAAUGAAAUGUAAGAUGUAAACACCGUAGACUUUAUGAGAUUGCCUUUUUAAUAUUUCUUUUCCAAUCGCUUAUUAACAGUUAACUUGCCUCUUUUAGCGUUUGAGGUCACGGAAGGGAGUUUGUUUCGAUUUCCUGCUUGAAUUAAUGAAAUGUAAGAUGUAAACACCGUAGACUUUGAGAUUUUGUUCAUUUCCAAUCGCUUAUGAAUAGUUAACUUGCCUUUCUGAGCGUUUCAAUUCAAUAAAGGGAGAGAGAGCUUCGAUAUCCUCCACAAAAAGACGCUAGAGUGGUAGAGUAAAUGAAAUGUGGGACGUAAACACCGUAGACUUUGAGAUUAUGUUCUUAAUAUUUCUUCUCCAAUCGUUUAUUCACAGUUAACUUGCGUCGCUAGGCCUCUGAAGUCACGAAAAGGAGAGUUAGUUUUGAUUUCCUGCACGCGGAGAUGUUAACGAUGUCGAGUUAAUGAAAUGUGGGACGUAAACACCGUAGACUUUCUCAGAUUUUGUUCUUAAUACAUAGUUUCCAAUGGUUAUUCACAGUUAACUUCCGUCGCUAAGCCUCUGAAGUCACAAAAAGGAGAGUUAGCUUUGAUUUCCUGUACUCGGAGAUGUUAACGAUGUCGAGUUAAUGAAAUGUGGGACGUAAGUACCGUAAACUUUAUGAUAUUUUGUCCUUAGUACAUCUUUUCCAAUAGUUAUUCACAGUUAACUUGCGUCGCUAAGCGUUUGAAGUCACGGAAGGGAGAGUUAGUUUUGAUUUCCUGCACGCGGAGAUGUUAAGAUUGUCGAGUAAAUGAAAUGUGAGAUGUAAAAGCCGUAGACUUUUUUGAGAUUUCGUUCUUAAUAAAUUUUCAAACAGUCAUUCAUAGAUACCUUUUCCUUCAUUUCUUUACUUUACUUUCGCGUCAAGAUGAGCUUAAGUCACUGAUGUAAGCCUAGCGAAUACUUGCUUUUAUUAUUAGUACGUAUAGAAGAAAAAAGACAGAGGAAAGAAGGAGAAGAAAGAAGGAAAGAAAGAAUUAAGAUGUUUCUUCAACCUCAUAAGAAGACCUCGGAGGGAAGAGGAGGAGGAGGAGGAGGAGGAGGAAGAAGAGGAACAAGAAGAAAACUAGUCAAAUUCGAAGGAGGAAGAGGAGGAGGAAGAAGAGGAGGAUUAGGAGGAAGAAGAAGAGGAGGAGGAAGAAGAGGAGAAACAACACUAUACAAAGAAGAUAAAAUAAGAGGAAGAAGAGGAGGAGGAGGAGGAGGAGAAAGAAGAAGAAGAUUACAAGAAGAAGGAGAAGGAGGAAGAAGAGGAGGAGGAAUGACAAGCGGAAUAACAAGAAGAUUAGACACAACCAGAGGAGGAGGAGGAGGAGGAGGAGGAGGAGGAAGAGGAGGAGGAGGCAAUCUUCCCUCCUCUUUACGAUGCCUUGUCCUCCUCCUCUUCUGCGCUGUCCUCACCGAAGCAUCAAGUUUCCCUCAGAGCGACGUCAACAGCAAGGUUUUUGGCUUCAACGACUUGCUACCAGAGAACCCGCGUGACUACGACAAGAUGAGGCCGCCGAAGAAGCAAGGCCGUCCCACCAACGUGUACUUCCAUGUCACAGUGAUGGGCAUCGACUCUAUCAAUGAGAACUCUAUGACCUACGUGGCGGAUAUUUUCUUUGCCCAGUCGUGGAAGGAUCACCGCUUGAGGCUACCUGAGAACCUCAACUCCAGCUACAGGCUGCUCGAGGUGGAGUGGCUCAAGAACAUGUGGAGACCUGAUAGCUUCUUCAAGAACGCCAAACAGGUCACCUUCCAGACCAUGACCAUCCCCAACCACUACGUUUGGCUGCACAAGGACUCCACGAUACUCUACAUGGUCAAGCUGACCCUCACGCUCUCCUGUGCAAUGAACUACGCGAUCUACCCUCACGAUACCCAGGAAUGUCGCAUGCAGAUGGAAAGCCUUUCCCACACCACGGAGGACCUUGUAUUCGACUGGGAACCUGAUGUGCCCCUAGUGGUAGAUGACAACAUAGAGCUGCCGCAAUUCGACCUAGUUGGCAACCACACGGCGGAUUGCACCCAAGUCUACCAUACGGGUAACUUCACGUGUCUGGAGGUCGUGUUUCAGCUGCGUAGAAGACUUGGAUAUUACCUGUUCCAUACCUACAUGCCGACCUGUCUCAUCGUAAUUAUGUCGUGGGUGUCAUUCUGGAUCAAACCCGAGGCGGCCCCAGCGAGGGUCACACUUGGGGUCACGUCCCUGCUCACACUGUCCACCCAACACGCCAAGAGCCAGGACUCCCUCCCCCCCGUGUCCUACAUCAAGAUCAUCGAUAUGUUUAUGUCCACCUGUACUGUGUUCGUCUUCCUGGCCCUCAUGGAGUACGCCCUAGUGAACAUUGUGUUGGGAGACGGGCCAGAGGUACCCCCGAAAAACAAAGACAAGCAUGGAAAAGCAGGCUCGUUGCAGACCUGUAAAAAGGAAAACGGGAGACUCGCCAUAUCCGCACUUCCCACAGGCUCCCUCUUCCCCCCUGACCCCCUUGGUGACUUCGAGGGGGGGCCAGCAUUCCCCCAGCACACCCCAAUCACACCCCUUCUAAGCGACCCUCUCCCCCCUCCGCCGUUCCCCCAACCGAGCACCAUCCACCACCCCCUCCCACCUCUACACCCCCACACCCACCACCACCCACACCCACACCCCCGCCCCCCACACCUCCACCACGACCCCCCCCUUCACCCCCAACUCCACCACCACCACCACCAUCACCACCACUUCCCCGGCCCGCAUAUUCGCCUCCCCCCCCCAGCUCCGGGUUUUGGGGACAUGGUCUGCCCCCCCCUGCCUAAUGUGCCCCCACCCCCCCCGCCCCCCCAGAGGCACCCCGGCCCCACCCCAGCCAUGAAGAGGAGAGCAAAGGCAAUUCUGGUUGACCGGUUUUCACGUGUCUUUUUCCCGUCAACUUUUGGUCUUAUAAAUGGAGUGUAUUGGAUCAUAUUUUGGUUGUAUUUAUAAGGGGUGGGAGAGAGAGAGAGAGAGAGAGAGAGAGAGAGAGAGAGAGAGAGAGAGA